AUGUUCGAGUCUUCGAGGUUUUUUGUGGUUCAGGCACGCUAUUUUUUGCUCUUAUGUCUAGGCGGCAAGAGUCUCACACGUGAGGGAGCGGCUGAAGUCUUGGAGGAUUUGCUUCUUGCCUACAGUGAUGUCAACUUUGUGCAGCGGGUAGACAAGCUUAGCCAAGAUGUUCUUUUUGAUGCCCGAGAAUUUGCUCCUCGCCUUGCACGCUUGAGUUUCGAGGCGCAGGAGCCCAUCUUGGCGAAGUGGGGCUUUGAGGCAUCCAUCGCCGGUGCACAAGAGUUGAGGCAAGCCAUCAAGGAGCAGACAGCCCGAGAUGCAGAUCUCAAAGAGCUCUCCGACAAGGUGGGUUUCAGAAAGUCCUCUCAGGUUGUUGAAGUGCGUGAGAAACAGCAACGGACUCGUUCUGUUCGAUGA